ACCAUGUUUUUACUAAUCGUGUGCAGUAUCCUCAUCGGAAUAGUUGGUAUCUGGUAUUAUAACUACAGUUAUUUCCAUGGAUACCUUAAAAAGAUCCCUUCGCCUAAGUUUUGGCCGAUUUUGGGCAACGCGCUGGAGUUUAGUGACACUGGAAAGUUUUUGGAGAAAGUGACUGGGCAUAUGAAUACAUUAAAGACAAAAUCACUGCGUGUACACUUCGCGACACAAGCUAUAAUCGUCACGAAAGAUUACAACUUGAUUGAGCAUGUUUUGAGCAGUAAUAGUUUAAUCAACAAAGGAUUUCAAUAUGAUUUCUUUCAAAACUGGGUUGGGUUGAGUGUAUUCACGAGUUCCGGUCAGCAAUGGCGCAGUAAGAGGAAGAUGUUGACACCGACGUUCCACUUUCAGAUUUUGGAGGAUUUUGUUGAUGUUUUUAACAAUAAUGCGGUUAUUUUGGCGAACAGAUUGAAGAAACAAGUUGGAGUGAAGAGUUUUGAUAUUUGUUCAUAUGUUACACUAUGUACUUUGGAUGUUAUUUGUGAAACCGCAAUGGGGACUUCAAUCAACGCCCAACUAGAAGAAUCAUCCGCUUAUGUCCAAGCAAUCAGCAGAAUGGGAAAAAUUGCCCCAAUGCGUAUGAUAAACCCUCUCCUACAUUCAGAUUUCAUCUAUCGCUUCUCUGCUUUAUAUCGUGAAGAACAAGAACUUUUAAAAAUCGUGCAUGGAUACAACUCGAGUAUCAUUCGUAAUCGUCGACAGGCAUUCAUAGAACAACAAAAGAAUAAACAAGUUAAUCAAAAUAAACAAAAUGAUGAUAUUGAUGUAGGUAGAAAGAAGAAGAUACCUUUCUUGGACCUGUUAUUCCAAACAACUACAACUGAUGGCCAACCGUUAACAGAUGAUGAAAUAGCAAGUGAAGUCGCUAAUUUAAUGUUUGCUGGACAUGAUACUUCGUCAGGUGCGAUGAGUUUUGCAUUAUAUCUUCUAGGAAACAACCCGGAAGCACAACAGAAAGCUUUCGAAGAGUUGAGGGAUAUCUUCGGCGAUGAUAAGACACGUCAUUGUACGUUAACUGAUAUUAAUUCAAUGAAAUAUUUGGAGUUGGUGAUUAAGGAAACUUUGAGGUUAUAUCCCUCAGCACCGGUUUUCACAAGAAAGAUCCAAGAGACAUUUACAGUUGAUGGUAUUACUUACCCAAAAGGCACCACGAUUGGUAUAUUUGCUUAUGGUAUCCAUCGUGAUGAAGAACACUACAAGAACCCUGAACAGUUUGAACCGGAACGUUUUUCACGAGAGAAUAACGAUGGAAAGAAGCCAUUUGCGUUUAUUCCGUUCAGUGCUGGGCCAAGAAACUGCAUCGGACAAAAGUUCGCCAUGUUGGAGUUGAAAACACUCUUGAGCAUGAUUUUGAGGAACUUUGAAGUAAUACCGGCACAACCACAUCACAAACUGAGUUUAAUCUCCAACAUUAUGCUUAAGUCAGAGAAUGGUAUUAACAUUGCUUUGGUAGAGCGUAAAUAUUAAGAAAUAGUCACUAUCUAUAUAUAUAUAAAAGAAAGUCGUGUUAGUUACCUUGCUUAGAACUAAAGAACGGCUAAUCCAAUUUAGCUAAAAAUUGGUGGAGAGGUAGCUUAGGGCAAGGAGAAGGUAAUGGGAUAGUUUUUCAAGUAAAAACUUUUCUAGAAAGGCACUAAACGAUACUAAAAAGAGACAAACAUAUUUGCGUAUAUGGAUUAUCUUGCGGGAGAAUAGGAGAACGCAAAUACAAAGUUUUCUAUUAUCCCCGUCUCCUCUUUGUGCGAUGCUUCGUAGCUUCACCACUCAACAUGCAGCGACCAAAACGAUCAAAUCUUAUCCGACAAAACCGUAAUGCAACUUAGGAUUCGAAGGAGUGCGACUGAAAGGACUGAAGAAGAACAAAAAAUUGUACGUGAAAAGCGCCGUGUUAGUAUGACUCGACUUUGUGCUUCUCAAUCACAAGAGCAAAGCAAGGCGGAACAAAGUUUGCCGGGUCAGCUAGUUAUGUAUAAAUUGAAUGACUGAAGUUUUAAAACUAAUACCUACACAAUUUUUAUGAUAUUUCAGUACCACAAAAAGUUUUAAACUCAGAAUACGAAGAACCACUAGGAGAAGAUGAAACCGAACAAGAUUUCACCUACGACCAAGAAGAUUUCGACGGUUUCGACUCGACAAAAGAACGAAUCAGAGAAUUUGCAGCCUCGCCAGGAUCAACCGCACCAAACAUGAAACAAAUUUAUAAACAAAACGAAACAAACAACGAAAACGCACUUUCUGGGAACACUUCAUCAUCAUCACAUGGACCAUUCAACAAAAACCCACAACUUCAACCAGGAACGAAUUUUAUUGAAGAAAACACUUACAUCUACCUCUUAUUAACAUUAGGAGCAGCCUCACUUCUCUGUGUGAUAAUAAUCACAAGCCGAGCAUUAGUAUGAAGACACCACGAAGUACCAGCAGCGAUAGAAGCGAAAUUCCAAGCGACAUCAAGCAAUAUGUCUCUAGAUAUGUCCACACCAAGAGAAUCCGAAUUAAACACACCACUUCCAAUGCACCAUAGUCAUGGUUAUCAUGAUCCAGACACAGAAAGUUUAAAUAAUCAAAUACGGCGUGUGCAUGUACACAAUACGUGUACAAUGACAGAUGGUUACUUCUACGGAUGACAGCAGAAUCAAGAUGGCCGUCCACCUUCGCCAUCUUGUCCUCGAAGUCAACGUACAUAUUGUUUUUAAUGGAUUUUCUACAUACGUGGAGUAAAAUCCUAACUCCUUACUAAUAUUAUAAAUGCGAAUGUCCUGAAGUUUAUCGUGCUUUCACGCAAAAACUACUUAACAGAUCAUCAUGAAAAUUUGUACACAUAUUCUUAGUGGUCCCCGAUAGGUUAUAGGCUACUUUUUAUUUAAUAAAAAAAAUUAUUUUUUAAAUAAAAUAAAGAAAUUGUUUAGCCAAUAAUACCUCUGCAUCUGGCUAAUUGACUACUUUAACGCCAUCUAGCAUUCCAUCUAAAAUUUAAAAUUUUAUUGCAUGUAGUAAUUUUUUCACAUAGAUAAUCCUAGCCAAGCAGUGAAAUAUACAUUCUUUCUAUCAAUCCGUUUCAACUAUGUAUAAUGAUUUCUAAUAUUUAUUUGAUGGAUUCAACGCGAGCGAAGCCGCGGGUUAAAGCUAGUAUAAAUGUAUAAAUGUAAAUAGUAGAUAAACUUUUGUAAAUAAAAUCUGAAAUAUCUAAAAUUAAUAAA